AUGGGGGAGGACCCCCUGGACGCCCCCCUGGCCGGGCAGGACCCCUGGUACCUGCAGCAGACCAAGAGGAUGAGGGUGCAGCGCCCCCCCCGGCUCCAGGCCAAGCCCUCGCCCCUCCCCCCCGUGGAGGUCAUCGGCCAGGGGGGCUCCUACAACCCCCCCUUCCAGGCCCACCAGGAGCUGCUGCUGCGGGCGCUGGAGGUGGAGACGAGGAGGAGGAGGGAGGAGGAGAAGGUGGAGAGGAGGCUGAAGGUCACCGAGGAGCCGCCCUCACAGGAGGCCGUGCUGCGCGAGCAGCUGCAGGGGCUGCUGGAGGAGGAGGAGGAGGAGGAGGAAGGGCAGCAGGAGAAGGAGGACGAGGAGCAGCGGGAUCCGCCCCGGCACCGGGAGCAGCCCCAGCGCAAAACCGAGAAACAGCGGCGCAAGGAGAAGGAGCUGAGGGAGAAGGCUGGUGCCCGUGCCCGUGCCCGGCUGGCCCUGCAGAGGCGGCAGGGGCUGUUCCAGCUGCGCUCCCUGCGCCGGGCCCUGCUGCUGCGGGACGGGACCGGGGCUGGUGCCCGUGCCCGUGCCCGGCUGGCCCUGCAGAGGCGGCAGGGGCUGUUCCAGCUGCGCUCCCUGCGCCGGGCCCUGCUGCUCCGGGACGGGACCCGGGGCUGGGUUUAUGGGGAGUUCAUUUAUGGGGUUUGUGCCCAGGCUGGUGCCCGUGCCCGUGCCCGGCUGGCCCUGCAGAGGCGGCAGGGGCUGUUCCAGCUGCGCUCCCUGCGCCGGGCCCUGCUGCUGCGGGACGCGGAGCUGCGGCGCCGGCGGCUGCUGCGGGAUCGGCGCCGGCGGCUGCGGGAAACGGCCCCGAAACGGCUGGGACGGCUCCGCUACGAGGAUCCCGACCCCGAGGUGCAGCUGAGCGAGGAACUGCCCGAGUCCCUGAGGAGCCUCCGGCCCGAGGGGAACGUGCUCAGGGAUCGCUUCAAGAGCCUCCAGAGGAGGAACAUGAUCGAGCCGCGCCUCAGGGCCAAAUUCAAGCGGCGUUACCGGGUGAAAUACGUGGAGAAAAGAUCCUUCCGGGAAGGUGACGUGAGUCCGGGGGUCCUGGGGGGGGAGCCCCAAAAUUCGGGACCCCCCCUUGACCCCCUCCCCCAUUUCUGUUCCAGGCUUUGAGCGGGACCCCUCCCCAAAUAAAUCCCUUGGAG